CCUCCUCCUCCUUCUUCCCUCUGCCACCACCACCUCGCACGCAAUCAUGGCGACCGGCAAGUGCAACUGUGGAGCCAUCUCUGUCACCCUCAAGAACGGCCUCCCCGAGUCCAGCAUCCUCUGCCACUGCAUGAGCUGCAGGGCCAGUAGCGGCAGCCUCUUCACCGUCAACCUCGCCGUCAACAAGGCCGACCUCGUCAUCGACGGCGAGCAGCACCUGCGCGAGUACGCCGACAAGAACACCGAUUCGGGCAGCACGCUCCUGCGGCGCUUCUGCGGAACUUGUGGCUCUCCCAUUGUGUCCGUCGUGGAGGGCAACGACGAGACGCAGUUCCUCAAGGGCGCGCUCUUCGGCAAGGGCAUCCCCAAGCCCGCCGCAGAGAUCUUCUCGCGCAACUUUGAGAGCUGGGAGAGCGCAAGGGACGGCGUCCACGUGGCCGAGGCCAUGCCGUCGCACUGAGCCCCCUCUCCGUCGUUACCUCUCUCUCUCGAGUCGAGUUCUGCAAAUCACAACGCCGUGUCGGUCCUGUUCC